UUUCCCUUGCGGUCUAAAGAUUAAUGGAAGGGGUCUGUUGAUCUUAGGAAUCGACUGUCAGAUGGUCGGUCUCAGGAAUCCAUUGCACUGGAUGUCUGGUCUGGAAUCAAAAGGAGGGGUUUACAUUUGAAAUAACCAACAGCGGAAGAAACAAUUAACCUGGACACCACUUUUUUUUUAUCCAGGUUUCAGCUGAAAAGGCCUGCCUACACAGAGAUAGCACCUGGUUAGUUCAGGCCAGGAUACGACUGCGAGGGACGCUAAAAGCUAACGCCAGCCUGCUCGUUAGAUAGACGGAAAUAACUUUCGACGAUCAAUCUAAUGGUCUGGACUGGAUUUUGGAUAAACCAAGCCGUCUCUAGAAAUAAAGGGCAGUCGAGUGACAUCUUGAUUUCCUGGGGCUCUCUUGGAAAUCGACGAGCUAACACUGCAAAGCUAACGUCCAUUGGCCGUCUCCGCUAGUUAGCUAGCGUGCUAGCCUAGCUAACGUUAAGCGUUAGCGUUAACUACAUACUUGGAUAUACUCGCUUGGUUGGCGUUUUAACAUACCAAGGAAAGUAUUUGAUCAGAUAUAUUAACACUCGUUAGUCAAUAAUGAUAGCGGUUAGCUAGUAGUUAGCUGUCAGCUUCAUUGAGCCCAGCGACUGCGUUAGCGGUGUAGCAUCAGUCAACGAAUUGUAAAGGAAGACUCAGUCCGAGCCCAGGGACUCCACCAUCAGCCUGCCAUCAUGGGCAACACGCCCACCGCAAAGAAGGGCAAUGAGAUGGAGAGCGUGAAGGAGUUUCUUGCCAAAGCCAAAGAAGAUUUCCUGAAGAAAUGGGAGAAUCCAGCACAGCAAACUGCGGCAUUGGACCACUUUGACCGUUUGAAGACCUUAGGCACUGGUUCGUUUGGUCGGGUCAUGCUGGUUAAACACAAAGAGACGGGCCAGCAUUUUGCCAUGAAAAUACUUGACAAACAGAAGGUAGUGAAGCUGAAGCAGAUAGAACACACACUGAACGAGAAACGUAUCCUGCAAGCUGUCAGCUUUCCCUUUCUGGUGCGACUGGAGCACUCUUUUAAGGACAACAGUAACCUGUAUAUGAUAAUGGAGUAUGUACCCGGGGGUGAAAUGUUCUCACACUUAAGGAGAAUCGGUAGAUUCAGUGAACCGCACGCCCGCUUCUACGCAGCCCAGAUUGUACUGACCUUUGAAUACCUUCACUCGCUGGAUCUCAUCUACCGAGACCUUAAGCCAGAGAACCUGCUCAUCGACCAGCAGGGUUACAUACAGGUAACAGAUUUUGGAUUUGCGAAAAGGGUGAAGGGCCGGACCUGGACGCUUUGUGGGACCCCAGAGUACCUGGCACCGGAGAUCAUCCUCAGUAAGGGUUACAAUAAAGCAGUGGACUGGUGGGCUCUGGGAGUUCUGAUAUAUGAGAUGGCUGCUGGUUACCCCCCCUUCUUUGCAGACCAGCCUAUUCAGAUUUAUGAGAAGAUUGUAUCAGGGAAGGUUCGCUUUCCCUCCCACUUCAGCUCAGACUUGAAGGAUCUGUUGAGAAAUUUGCUGCAGGUGGACCUGACCAAGCGCUUCGGCAACCUCAGGAAUGGAGUCAACGAUAUCAAGGGCCACAAGUGGUUUGCCACCACUGAUUGGAUUGCCAUCUACCAGAGGAAGGUGGAAGCUCCCUUUAUUCCUAAGUGCAAAGGCCCUGGUGACACAAGCAACUUUGAUGACUACGAUGAAGAGGAAAUCAGAGUCUCCUUCACAGAGAAGUGUGCAAAGGAGUUUGCUGAGUUCUAGAUUCCAACCAUUAGUAGCGGAGAGAGAGAGACAGGUAUUUAGAAAGUGAAAGGGGGUCAGAAGAAAGGAAGCGCUAGGUUGGACUGCUAACUUGCUUAUUUGUAAUGACGACAACAAUGUAAAAUCCCCCCAGUCGAAAGGUAGGCAAAGUGGAGAAAGAUCCAACAGAACCAGCAGUGUUGCCUUUUCUGAUUGUUUCUCAACUGUUACCUAUUCAUUUUAUUUAUCCCUCUUGUGUUUGUGGCAGGGGCUCGAGGAGAACAGGCAUAUGUUGUGGCUGUCCAGCUAUACUUGUAUCUUUCUGAUGGCGUAAUGACAUGUUUCAGUCUUUGCAGGUUGAGGCAUUGAUUUUCUGUUAAGGUACUGAAUCUGCUCGGCUCCUUUUUGAACGGGCCCUCUACAAGCUUCUCAAAGAGUGAUCGUUGUAUGUUGUCGCCCCGGUCCCCCCCCCCUCCAUCUCUCCAUCCUGAAUCUGUCCAAGCAAUACGAAGUCCAACAGAUGUGCCUAUCACAAUGCCAACUGGUUGGAAAACUGUGUCGAAAGCAUUGGUGCAGAGCUUUGGCCAUGGUGGCAUCCCUUGUGCCCGUUUGGUUUGAAGCUUGAAAACUCUCUGCACCUGCCUUUGUCUGCUCAAUGUGGCAUGAUUAUUGGGUAGACGAUGCACUCACUGCUUGCAGUUGAAGCGGUGGUGACCUCUUUGAUCAGAGUGAAAAUGAUUUAUCGCAGUAAACUUCAUCUAGGUCUUACUCCAUGUGGGGACCUGUGAGAAAUGUAAACAUGAGGUCUACAUUUAAGUCUGUCUUUCUCUUAGCUGAAUUUAUUAGAGCAUUUUAAGAAUCCUAUUGGUGAUCAUUUUGUCCUUUUAUGUCGAUCUCUGUGCUUAAGUGUUAUUUAGUGCUCAAGGGUGGGUUUAAAAAGCUGUAAUUUAGCAGCAAGUAACAUUGUGGUCACACUCCUGACUAGCUGGAUAUAUAUAUAUAUAUUAGAGAACAUGAAAUAUCCAUCUUUUUCAACAUUGUCUCAUAGCUGUGAAACUGAAUUAAGAAUUCAUAAAUAAACAAAUAUAAAUUCUGCCAAAUUUGCAAACUGACAACAUUGCAAAGUUUUCUGUAUGUUACUAUGACGGUGGUGGAUUUUAAUACUCAAAAAAAGUAGCAAAACAUUUCAACAAAAUGUGCAUGUUAUUUUUGUACAAUAUCACUUUUAAAGAAAGAUGGCAGAGCAUUAUGCUUCAUGUGUGCUGAGGUACCUGAGAUCACCGAUAACACGCUUAACUAUCAGAAUGGACUCUCGGCUGCUCUAUUUUGAAGAUGGAACAAGACCCAGUGAAAGCUCGUACGGGCUUUUUUCAUUAUGCAGUCGUAGGGUUUACCGAUAAUUGUCACUGAACGUGUGCAUCUCACCUUGACUUUUUUUUUUUCUCCCCCACUUCCCCUCUCUCUUGUAAAUACCGUACAUGUAAACCUUCAGAUAGAUUUGCAGUCCAACCAAAUUUUUGGGACUGUUGAGAUUGGAGUGCUUUGUUUCUAUUUUCAAGCUUUCUAUGUAACAAAUUAAACUAAGGAAGCUGUCCUAAAUCUAUCCCCUUUUGCCAAGUUUAUUUCUGUGGAUGCAAGACAAUCGCAGACCAAAUCUUAUUGCUGGUUUGUUGACUGAACACAUUGUUUUGGUUUGAUGAAGGAUGUUUGUUUUUUUUUGCCCCCACCCUCCCCAGGCCCUAGGUGCUAGACUCUGUCCAUCUCACUGAAAAGCUUCUGUGAAUUGUUUGAUGUGCAUCUAUUUGUCAUAAAGUCUUGUAACAUGACAUUUUUGAGAAUGUUUUUCGACUCUAAAUGAUUUCGGUAGGCUUGAGUAAUUAUUUUGCCAGUCUAUUAAUGUAAAUGAGAUCAAACACAGGAUACCUUUUUGAAUGUCUUGACUUGUCUGAUGGAGAUGUUUCAGUGCUGUUUGGAAACAUGAUGUGAGUUUUGUAUAAUACACGUUUCUCUGGUGAGCUUGGUUUUUCUUGCAUGUGGUAAAGCGACCCAACGGCAAGACAUCUCCUGGACCUGAGACAUGUUUGAGAAAUCGUCGCGUCCACGGCCGACAGUCUCAUCGCAGUUUAACCUUUCGUUUGUUAGAGUAUCACGUUGAACAAUGCGGUGGAUCACCAACCAACUUGUCCAGUCUUUUGCAAAUAGUGAAGCACAUGCCACACCCUUUCAAAUCUCCUAUUUAAUUGAUUUGUGCUAAUUAUUUGAAACUUCUAAAAUACUAUGUAAUGCUUUGAAGAGAGCACAUGUAAUAUCUUUGGUUUUUCUGUUCUGACAAAUGACUAAAUCCGAGUUGGUGGGUAGAAGGCAACGCCACUUGAUCCACUCCUACACUGAGGCCAUCGCAGUGCUUUUUUAACAUUUAAUUUGUUUCCCAUGCAGAACUUCUUGUCAGCUGUCUUUAAUUCUCUGCUAUCAACUAAAUGCUAUCAACUGCUCUGUGCUAAUUCUGAGUUUUUCUCCUGUGUUUGCCUUCUAUUUUCAUCAAGUUUCCACUCACACUUCAUUCAAUCAUGACACUUUUUACAUCUGAGAUGUUUUGCGUUCAUAUUUUCUAAUUGUAUUUUCAAAAAAAGCAAAAAAGCAAAAACAGAACAUUAAUCUUUUCCUCAUGACCUGGGUACAGUGAUUGUGUAGUCUAUUGUACCUUUUGGGAAACAAUACUGUAUAUCCUUGCCUUUGACAGUCUUAACUAUCUUACCCUCUGGAGAACUUGACAGAUACCCUUAGAACACAACGAGUAUGUUAAAAAAAUAUACAUAAAGUAAUAUUUUGCAAAAUGUAUCAUUCCAAUAAACUUUUACUUGUUAAGA